AUGCUUCGACAUGCCAUCUUCCUCUUGAUGCUCAGUUACGCUCUACAAAUCUACGCAAGUCCUUAUAAAGUAAAAGACAAAGUCACAUUCACUCCUAGCGAACGGCUUGAAAAUUCUGAAAACAGCAUCGUUGUGGACAAAUCAGUAGAUGGAAACCAAUCGAAUUUAGGCAGUGAUUGGCCUGAUGGAGAAUACUGUAUAAUGCCUGGACCAUCCCUCAGGUGUCCUGCUGGCUUUCAAAUGGAUUUCGUGUCUCUUGCUGUUCCAAUGAACUUUGGGCUUCGAGAAUUAUAUACUGAUAGAGGUAAGGAGGUGCCGUACAUCGAGCUGGGUCGCUUUGGUGGAUUGAAUCUCGAGUUGAGAGAAUACGAUCAGGCGUAUAUACUUCGUCUCACUGCGUGCUGUAAAUCCUCAUAA